AUGUCGACACUCCAGCCUGUCAAUCCAAAACCGUUCCUCAAUAGUCUCACUGGAAAACCCAUUGUAUGCAAGUUAAAAUGGGGUAUGGAGUAUAAAGGGAUUCUUGUGGCUGUUGACGGAUACAUGAACUUGCAAUUGGCCAAUGCAGAAGAAUAUAUUGACGGGAACAACACGGGAAAUCUAGGCGAAAUCCUUAUCAGGCAAGUGUGA